CUGGAACUCACUCUGUAGACCAGGCUGGCCUCGAACUCCCGGCCGCAACUAGUGGAUUUUAUGCAUGCCCAAAGCCCUGGUUCCACACCCACCUGUCCAAAUGUACAUUCUAUGCAGACUUCUCGAAUUCAUUUGUGCAUGCUCACGAAUCUGACUGAUGGAGCUGGGCGCUAACUGUCAGGUUCUAAAUGUGUAUGCUCCGGCUCCAUAUUGCUCAUGCCCACUCCUUCCACCUGCCUCUGAGUAGACCUAUUUGGGCUUUUGGGGAGAUUCUGUUGCGCAGGUCCGAAAGUUCCUCAGAGUAGCCUUCUUACCAGGUGCGCAUGCCCAGACUUGGGGGCGGGGAGAGGAGUGCAGUGGCCUACCUUAGUUUCAAUGCGCAUGCUCAGACUCCUCCUCAAGCUCCUUGGCAGUUGAGGAGCGGUGUUAGCUGUGGACGACCAGGCGAGAUGCUGCUGUUGAUGCUGGCGGCCGUGGCCACUGUGGUCAGAGCUCAGCCACUGUGCCGGUCGUACAGGGUGAGGACCGGGAAGGUGUUCGCUUCCAAGCCGCUACCUGAAGGGGACAUGCUGUUCUACGCCUUCAACUCCACAUUCGUGCUCAGGGACUUCUGCCACAGCAAGGCCGUGCUGUACCUGGGGAAGAAGAUUUUCAUAUCGAAGGACAAUUUUGAGAGCAGCCUCCCGCCACUCAUCAUUCCCAAGUCAAUGAGGGCGAGAGGAGCAUCGGUCACAAGUGCUUUAUUCACUUCUGAUUCAAAACUGCUGUUGGUGGUGAAUAAGAAAGUCUACAUGUACAAUUACCUUUGGAACAGAUGGCAUAAAGCUAUAGGUAUAUUCCAGCCUGUCUCACACAUCAGUGGCGACAAAUGUUGUUUUAAAAAUGAAUUUUGCCUGGUAAGUUGGAAUCUUUCAUAAAAAAUAAUAAUAAAA